UCUCUACAAUAAUCGCAUGUCAUGUACUACAUAUGAAAAAUUGGACGGUGGUGCUACGAAACUGAAGCUUAUUAUUGGAACGAAGACCGUCAACCUUUUGAUAACUUGUUCUGCUGAAAUAUCAACUGAACCAAAAAUCAACAUUGGAGUUUGGUCAUGGUUCAAUCACGGACUCAAACUGCAAAAUAUACUUGAUGACAUCAAAAGUUGAAGAAUUUUUAAAAAUGUUUGAGACCUUCAAAUUAAAUCCUUUGCACAUCAAUAUAUCAAGUUUGAGACACGUGACAUCGAGUUUCAGCAAAUGCUCCUCAUAUUUACUAUGGAGAUCUACGUUGCAAGCAUUUGACAGUAGUAUCUACUCGCCCGCAACAGUAUUUACACUAUGUGAUUUACCGAAUAAAGAUGGAUAUGGUGAUGGAUCAAUAUUUGGUGCCAAACUUGGUUCUCAUAAAGCAAUAUUAGCCAACAAAGGUAUCAUUCAACUCAGUGAUUUCCGUAAUGUUUUAUUAGAGUAUGAGAAUGUAAUGAAACAAAAAUGCGAUGUUAAAGAGUGGUCCUCAAUCAUUAAAGUAAUGGAUGAAAUAAAUGCAAGUCUAAAUUCUGGUGAAUUGAGCGUAACUUCCUUAUGCAAUAAUAAUAGUGGAUCCGUCAGUGAAAUCGCCAAUGAAUUAAGCAGUUCAAUUUCCACAGCGAAUAAUAUGAUUGCAAAAAAUGUCAAGAAGUUAUAUAUCUAGCCCAUGAGCCACGAAUGAGCGGUAUGUAAAUGAAGUACAA